GCGCGGCGUAUAUAAGGCGAGGGGCGGGCGCCGCUCUUUUGUCUCUUGCUGCAGCAACUCGAGUGGGAGCACCAGGAGCCCGGGCUCGGAGCGGGACGCCAGGGAUUGGUUUAAGAAAAUGGCAGACAAACCGGACAUGGGGGAAAUCGCCAGCUUCGAUAAGGCCAAGCUGAAGAAGACGGAGACGCAGGAGAAGAACACCCUGCCGACCAAAGAGACCAUUGAGCAGGAGAAGCGGAGUGAAAUUUCCUAAGAGCUUGGAGGAUUCCCUAUCCCCGUCAUCUUCGAGACCCCAGUCGUGAUGUGGAGGAAGAGCCACCUGCAAGAUGGACACGAGCCACAAGCUGCACUGUGAACCUGGGCACUCCGCGCCGAUGCCACCGGCCCGUGGGUCUUUGAGGGGACCCCUAAUCGGACUGCCAAAUUCUCCGGUUUGCCCUGGGAUAUUAUAGAAAAUUGUUUGUAUGAUUAAUGAAAAUAAAACACACCUCGUGGCA